CACAAACACCUAUACACACACAUCAUGCCACCCAAGCUUGGAGGUAUCGGUUCAGGAUUCGCUCGACCCGCAGCUCCGGGAACGGCGGCACCUAGCAAUGCCGCAGCUGGACCUAGCACUGGUGCAGGUGCGGGCGCAGGUACGAGUGGCACAACAGGAGGUGCUGGUGCCGGAGCUCCCGCUGCACCUAAACCGAAGAUGAAGUUCAAGCCAAUUCUACAACCCACCAAGAAGGUCAAGGCCGAACCCGCUGCCGAGGCUGUGGUCAAGACAGAAGCACCAGGAGCAAGAGGCUCACGGGAUGGGACCCGAGGACGGGGUCGAGGUCGAGGUCGCGGAGCGGGUCAGGCUGCACCCUCUACCCGACCUGGACAGGAGAUGGUCGCGAGUGGACCUUUUGCUAUGCCGAGUAUGAGUACCGGCCGACCCCGAGUAGCCGCCUCCGGACCCGACCCGAUGGCCGCCAUGCACGCCAAUGCAGACCGUAAACCGACUUUCACGGCCCAAGGGGAAUCCUAUAGUGACGACGAGAACGACAACAUCAUCGACCUCGAGGUCGUCCCAGAACAAUCCGGGGAAAGCGCUCCGACGGGUCUGAUUCGACAUCGGAGUAUCGCUGCGGCUCUGAAGGAGAAGGAAGGGAGGGGGAAAAAGAAGUCGGUCAAGGCCGAGCCUGGAUCUGGUCAGGCGGAUGAGCAAGGCGGGUCGAGCGGGGUGAGGCUGAGGGAUCAACCGGUCGUCGUCAAGGAAGAACCCGCUUCCCCGGAAAAACAAGCUCGAGAACUGCCCCCUACAGGCGGACGUGGGAGGGACAAGGGGAAAGGACCUGCAGCUGUUGGGAGGACGGAUGACAGGUUGACAGACGCGGAUAUGGACAUGGACGUUGAUAUCAAUGGGAACAGGAUCGACCAGGUCGUAGAAGCGGAAAAGGAAGUGGUCGAGGCUAAACAGGCGAUCGAUCUGGACGAGAUCGUGAUCGAGGAUUACGAGGAGGAUAUCACUGGUGAUUUCGUUCACCUUGAAGGAGAGGCCGAUCCGAAGGACAAGCUCUAUCUUCUCCAGUUCCCCGAUCCUUUCCCCAAGUUCAUCCCUGACCCCGCUCGAUCGUUCUUGAAGGACGUCGACCUUGACGAUCUGAAGCCUAAAGCUGAGUUAAGUGACGAGACGGCUGCAGCGGGAUCUACAGCAACGAACAAGACGAAAAAGGGGGUCUCAUUCUCCGACAAGCCUGAAGAAGCCGGAGGGGACAAGGCCGCCGAGGCUGCUGCCAAAAAGCUCGCUGCAGAAGAGGAAAAGGAGAAGAAAGCCAAGGAUGCGAAACUACGGGCGUUGAUGAAAAAGGAAGAGGCGAGGAAGCCGGAAGGAAGGAUCGGAACGAUGGUAGUGAUGAAGAGUGGCAAGGUGAAGAUGGUGCUCGGGGAUGGGAUUGUCAUGGACGUCUCUCCCGGUGUUCCUACGACGUUUGUACAACAGCUCGUCCACAUGGACCACCAUCGGAGGAACGCGACCGUCCUAGGAGAGGUCAACAAGAACUUCGUCAUGACGCCCGAUAUCGACAGGCUUCUGGACGAGUUGAGGAUGCACGAUGGGAUCAUCCCCGGGGAAGAACCGAAAGUCAAGAACGAGCCGGGGAUCGUCCUGCAGUGAUGGGGUGAUAGUCGAAUUUUUGACAUGGCAUCCGAGCGUUUGUGACCUCAACAAAUGAAAUUAUGCCAAACUACGUCCUCAUGCCCUUCCCUGACCGUGCUUCAGGUACACAAAGUACAGGAUAGUGUAAAAAAGUUCUUGAAGGGCAAGGUUGGGAGCUUUUUCUUCAGUGUAAUAGUCGUUGAGGCUUUUGACGAAAGUACGAGAUUUGGGCAUCUCCAUAGGGGGGCCGUUCCGCGAGAUUGGUAUACCUUUGGUAACUUCGAUCAGGUGACUGCACAAAUCGCCACUUAUACCAGACCAUCUCCACUGCAGGCUCCCUUUGACCAUCAAACCUUCUUGAGGAUAGGUCCGCUCGUUCCUAGCUAUGAGAUCCAGG